UUUGUGCAUAGUGUGAACAUAUGUUUUGUGUGAACACAGUAGUGGGGGUGAUGUUGCACAUUGUGUGUGUAUUUCUUUAUUAUUUUGUAAUUAAUUUAGGGUUGUGAACUGUCAGCAAUUAACCAUUGUUGAAUUGUCGACUUAAGAAUUGGAUUGGAUUGGUGUUCAAGCAAGGCUUUUGAAUAAGGAUUCCUAACCGAUAUCUUUUCAUGCAAGAAUGUCUGACUCCGUGGAGGAGUGGGACGUGGAGCGGGUGCGGCAAUGGCUACACGAGCACGGCUUCUCCAGCUACACAAACCUGCUCUGCGAUCCGCACCGGCUGGAUGGCAGCUGUCUGCUGAUGCUGACGGAACAGGACCUCAAACAGCCACCACUAGAAAUCAAGGUUCUGGGGGACGUGAAGCGCCUCUGGCUGCGGCUCUGUGAGCUGCAGGGCGCCGGCUCCCGUCCCUCGGCGGUGCUGGGCUCGCCCCGGAAACAGCGCCGGAUUGCGGCGGUCGAGUCCAGUGACACAGAUGCCGUGGAAGAGGUCCCCGAGAGGGAGCGCGCGCUGCUGGGCUACGCCACCUCCCUCCGGCCGGAGCGGUUCAAGGCCGUGCUGUCCAUGCUGUACCUCCUUCUGGUCACCUGGAUCACCUCCUUCGUCAUGGUCAUCGUGCACGAUCGGGUGCCCGACAUGAAGCGCUACCCCCCGCUGCCGGACAUCUUCCUAGACAACAUUCCGCACAUUCCGUGGGCGUUCAGUAUCUGUGAACUGAUCGGUACAACUCUGCUGGUCAUCUGGAUAUCCGUCCUGCUCGUGCACAAACAUAGGUUUAUAUUGAUUCGUCGUUUCAACUCGCUCUGCGGUACCGUGUACCUGCUGCGCUGCGUGACGAUGCUGAUCACUUCGCUGUCCGUGCCGGGAGCCCACCUCUCCUGCGCGCCAAGGGAAUACGGCGACAUAUACGCCAAGCUGUACCAGGCGUACAGCAUCUGGCAUAAUGCCGGUCUCAGCAUCCAGGGGGUCCGCUCCUGUGGUGACUACAUGUUCUCGGGACAUACUGUGGCGCUGACCAUGCUCAACUUCUUCAUCACUGAGUACACACCCCGCCGCAUCUACUUCCUCCACACGUUCACUUGGCUUCUGAACGUGUUCGGUGUAUUCUUCAUCCUCUCUGCUCACGAACACUACUCGAUCGAUGUGUUCAUCGCCUUCUACAUCACGUCCCGGCUCUUCAUGUACUACCACACACUGGCCAACAAUCAGGUGAAACGCAAGCGCGCCGACGAGAAGCGCACGCGCAUCUGGUUUCCGAUGUUCAGCUAUUUCGAGGCCAACGUCCACGGCACGGUGCCCAACGAAUUCGAGUGGCCCGUGACUCGAGAGUGGCUCGCUUCGAUGGCGUCAGCUGCCAUGGAGAAGGCCAGGCAUCUGGGGGUGCUGGGAGGGGGAGGGAAGUUGAGCGUGGGGGGAGGGAGGGAGAUGAACGGGGGAGGGGUGAGGAAUGGUGUGAGGAAGCACAGACAUAGGCGCUAAGAAAUGAGAGAAAGGAUGAUGGGGGACUUGUGAGGGAUGUAAGUUGAUGAGAUAUGUGUGAUGAGGUGAAUCACGUGAUUAUGUGAGGCAUGAAAUGUGAUGAGACAAGAUAUGUGUGAUGUGAUGUCAAGUGAAGUUAUGUGUGAUAAUGUGAUGUGAGGUGAUAUGUCAUGUGAUGUGACGUGAUAUGUGUGAUGUGAUGUGAUGACGGUGAUGAAAUCGCUUGGCGAAUGUGUGAUGUGAUGUGUUGUGUUGUGUGUGAGGCAUUACUCUGUGGGUUGUAUGUGUUACUUGGCUCACUAUAAUAAUUUAUAUGAGUGAGUCAAGUGACUCCUAUCAACUCCCCUCAGCUGAUUCAUUGAGUCAGUCGUGUGAAUGAACACCUCUAAGGUGACGUAAGACGAACGAUGACGUAUAUUGACUUAGAUGACGUAAUCAAUGACGUCAUAUUUGGUGUAAUUGAAGCGGAGGAUUGUGAUCCCAAUGCUUACAAUCAAUAUCCGGAUUGUGCUGAUUAUCCUAUAAAUUUACACUGAUUAUAGGGGUUGUAGCGUGUAUCGAAGAUGAUAUUGAACGCACAUGAGCUGUAGAUUGCUUAUGAAGGAGGAUUGCUUGAGAAAAUGAGGUAACGCGCAAAGUAAAGCAGGUGUUGAGCAACUUGGAAAUUUACAUAUGAAAUGCUUCUGAUAAAGUUUGGUUGGUUUGGAAAAAUUACUUGCAUGUUUUUUUUUCUGUAAAAUAACAUCGAAAGCAUCAUUAAACUGCAUAUCUUGUGUCGUAAGAGAUGAAACAGCUGUAGUUACGUACCAUUUUUCUUUGUCGCGUUCGUGGUCAAAAUUUUCUUCAUACUAUAAAAUUCGUUGCUACUGUCUUUCUGCAAUCAUGAGUUGAGUUCGUCCCUGUCCGUUCCUAUCGUCAAUCUGUAUAAGGCAUCGUGAAUAAUUUAACAGCAUGGGCGCCUAUUUCUGCUAAGUUCUGAUACGGAUUUGUAUGUAUUUAUCGCAUAUUUGCACUCAAUCUUAUGCUUUGAUGUUGCACUAAUGCACACACGAUGCUACACAUAAAUACUUCUGCUCUGUGAUUUCUUUUGUUGCAAUCCUGUCGCAUUAUGUGGAAGUGAAGGCAAUUUGUAGUUGAUGAAAAUGCCAAUCAGAUGAUCUUACGAUUGGCCUUUGUAGCAAUCAUGGACACAACGCACAUGUAUGGAUUGAUAUGAAACUACCCAUGAUUGUCUCGAUCUCGCAUCAAGAUUGAAACGAAUGUGCUCGCAAAGCUGGCGCCUGGAGCGUGCGCGUCUAUGUAUGUGUUAGUUGGGUUAGAAUUGGGUGUCUGUGUGAAUAUCCAUCCACAACUCAGCCUUUGGUGAUAUAUGUAAACGCGUCUAUCAAAUGCAUCCGCUCAACAAUUCUUCCUACUGCGUAUUGCCGAUACUGUGAGACAGUGAAAAUCACGCACGUGCUUUAGUUAGCGGGAGAUUAUCGGAGUAGUGAGAUUCUAGUCGAUAGCUCUGUACGGUGAUUAGCUUGGUCUCCUGAUUGUUACGUUAGGGGCAUUUGUUUAGUUUGGGUUAGAAGUGGCUUUAUAACAAUAUGUUUAAGUGCAUAAAUCACUGAGACAAGUU